GCUCUUGUUACCCAGGCUGGAGUGCAAUGGCGCGAUCUCGGCUCACCGCAACCUCCACCUCCUGGGUUCAAGCAAUUCUCCUGCCUCAGCCUCUCAAGUAGCUGGGACUACAAGCGCGCGCCACCAUGCCCAGCUAAUUUUUGUAUUUUUAUAGAGACGGGGUUUCACCUUGUUGACCAGGAUGGUCUCAUCUCUUAACCUAGUGAUCCACCCGCCUCGGCCUCCGAAUGUGCUGGGAUUAUAGGCGUGAGCCACCGCGCUCGGCCAACUAGUUUUCAGUAUUUCAAAGAGUCGUGCAACCGUCACGCCGAAAGAAACCCUGUACCCACUGGCAGUCACUCCCUGUACCUUCCGUGGCUCCUCCAAAGAACUCUUCGAUGCAAGUAAACAAACAUCCAUUAACACAAGUAUGUUCCAGGCGCCAUGCUAGGUACUGUUAAGAAAAACGUAUUACUACCGUUAAGACUUCCUUUUUUUUUUGGAGACAAGAGUUUCGCUGUUGUUGCCCAGACUGGAUUGCAGUGGCGCGAUCUCGGCUCACCGCGACCUCCGCCUUUUGGGUUCAAGCAAUUCUCCUGCCUCAGCCUCCCGAGUAGCUGUAUUUUUAGUAGAGACGGGGUUUCACCAUGUUGACCAGGACGGUCUCGAUCUCUUGACCUUGUGAUCCGCCCGUCUCGGCCUCCCAAAGUGCUGGGAGCCACCACGCCCGGCCAAGACUUCUUCUUACCGUGGCACUUCUGCUCAGGCAGGUCCCUUCGCUCUAGGACGCCCUCUCUACACGACCCCACUACGUCCCCUCCCCGGAAUUCCUUCCCAACCCUCAACGACCAUCUGGCCCAACUAGCUGCGAACCCCGCAGCUGUCGUGGCUGUGUAGACAGUUAUUCGAACCGCUCCCUUGCAAGCACUUGAAACUCAAUACAUGUUUGCGGAACUGAACACAGCGUGUGCCUGCAGCGAGGCAUCUUUUCCUGGAAUCGCCAGCCCUUCAAGCUCCAUCUCAGUGAUCGGACAGUCAACCCCGACCCCUCGACUCCGGAAAUGACUGAGGAAACGGAACUUCCAUAACGUCAGCAAUCACAGAUUUGAGCGGGCUAGGAGGGUUUGGCUCUUCAGGUCACGUCUGCGCGGAGAGACCUCCAGCCCUCCGUGGUCCGUGCUUCCGCUCCGGAUGCCUGCCCCGCCCCUUCCGGCUCUCUGGAGCCCCGGGCCCGCCUCGACGCCGGCCGUGACGAAGGCACGCUGGGGUGACCUCACCCUCCAACAUGGCGGCGGCGGUAGAUUAGGGCCGCGGGUCGGAGCAGCCGCCGCCGCUGGGAGACCCUGUCGGAAGCAGCCGCCGCCGCCGCCUCUUUCACCUCUUCUGGGGCAGGGGCCAGGGCCAGGUUUUAUACAUCCGUAAGUAGACCUUUUUGGAGCUCCACCAGCCAAUUCAAUGGCGUCCUCUUCUACUGUGCCUCUGGGAUUUCACUAUGAAACAAAGUAUGUUGUUCUCAGCUACUUGGGACUCCUCUCUCAGGAGAAGCUGCAAGAGCAUCUUUCCUCACCCCAAGGGAUUCAACUAGAUACGGCUUCACAGUCUCUGGAUGAAGAAAUUUUAUUAAAAGUUAAAACUGAAAUUGAAGAAGAGCUAAAAUCUCUGGACAAAGAAAUUUCUGAAGCCUUCACCAGCACGGGCUUUGACCGGCACACUUCUCCAGUGUUCAGCCCUGCCAAUCCAGAAAGCUCAAUGGAAGACUGCCUGGCCCAUCUUGGAGAAAAAGUGUCCCAGGAACUGAAAGAGCCUCUCCAUAAAGCAUUACACAUGCUCCUGAGCCAGCCAGUGACAUAUCAGGCAUUUCGGGAAUGUACACUGGAGACCGCAGUUCAUGCCAGCGGCUGGAAUAAGAUUUUGGUGCCUCUGGUUUUGCUGCGACAAAUGCUUUUGGAGUUGACAAGGCGUGGUCAAGAAUCUUUGAGUGCACUGCUGAAGUUUGGCGUGACGUAUCUGGAAGACUAUUCGGCAGAGUACAUCAUUCAGCAAGGUGGCUGGGGCACUGUGUUUAGUCUUGAGUCAGAGGAGGAGGAAUACCCUGGAAUCACUGCAGAAGAUAGCAAUGACAUUUAUAUCCUGCCCAGCGACAACUCUGGACAAGUCAGUCCCCCAGAGUCUCCAACUGUGACCACUUCCUGGCAGUCUGAGAGCCUACCUGUCUCACUGUCAGGUAGCCAGAGUUGGCACACAGAAAGCCUGCCAGUGUCUCUAGGCCCUGAGUCCUGGCAGCAGAUUGCAAUGGAUCCUGAAGAAGUGAAAAGUUUAGACAGCAACGGAGCUGGAGAGAAGAGUGAGAACAACUCCUCCAAUUCUGACAUCGUGCACGUGGAGAAAGAAGAAGUACCUGAGGGCGUGGAAGAGGCUGCUGUGGCUCCUGUGGUCUUGCCGGCAGGGGAGCUGCAAGAGGCACUUCCUGAAGCCCCGGCUCCCUUGCUUCCACACAUCACUGCCACCUCCUUGCUGGGAGCAAGGGAACCUGACACAGAAGUGAUCACAGUGGAGAAGUCCAGCCCUGCUACAUCUCUGUUCGUAGAACUUGGUGAAGAAGAGAUAAAAGCAGCAACAGUUGGAGCUACUGAAGUGGAGGAAGUGGUUCCCACACUGGAACCCACAGAAAUGCUGCUGAGUGAGAAGGAGACAAACGAAAGGGAAGAGAGCCCUGUGGAAGAGCUGCCCCCCGCCGGCGAGGUGAAGCCCAUGCCACUGUCUGAGGGAAAGUCUAUACUGCUGUUUGGAGGGGCUGCUGCCGUUGCCAUCCUGGCAGUGGCUGUUGGGGUAGCCCUGGCUCUGAGAAAGAAAUAGGUUUUCAGAAGAGAAAGACAGAAGGGUGUAAGGUUCGAGUUGUACUGGCUGGAAUGUGAACUGCCAGCAACUGUGUGAACAUUUGUGGGACACUCUGGGAUAAUUGGGGACUUCUCAACAUGGCAGUGGGUUGACCCACAUGUUAGGGCUUAAGGUGGGGUGUUCACGUUCGUCUGACUAUAAAUCCCAAGGGCCUUGGCUCAUGCUAAAUUGAGAAUCUUAAGGGUAAAGCUUCCCCUCCCAGACAGGGUUUCUCAGCCUUGGCACUAGUGAUACUCUGAUCGGUCUCUGUGGCGGGGCUGUCCUGUGUGUGCUGGAUGUUCAGCAGCGUCCCUGGCCUCCACCCAUUAGAUGCCAGGGGCACACCACUCUCAGACGACAACCAAAAAUGUCUCUAGACAUUGCCAAAUGUCCCCUGUGACGGCAUCAUCCCCCAUUCAGAGCCACUGCUUUAGAGGGAGAGGGUGUACUUAGGAAGAACUGGGAUAGAAAUUCCCAGCCGAGAGCUUAGCCAUGGGCUCCUCAGCUACUGACUUGUCAGCUCAUAAUCCCCUUAGAGGUUCGUCCUUCCUGAUGAGCAGGCUGGGCUCUGCAGCCACUCCUUUUUCGUCCCCCUGCCCCUCAUCCUGGAGUGUGAGGGUGCUCGCCUGUCCUCAGCUGCCUCUCAGGGACUCACUGUUCCUCUUCACCCCCAGGUUCCUGCUAAGAUCCCACAGGAGAGGGCUUGCUCAGACCUGUCAAGUCCCCAAAGCUUCCUGCAACUCCACCUUGUAAAAAUGAUGCCUUUAGGAGUCUUUGAAACAUAUAUACAGAGAAAAUAAUAUGAAAGAGACCUGGGUCCUCACUUGGGAAUGAAAUUGCAAGUAACUGGCUAGAGAGACACCUUUGUCUUGUGUCAGGGAAGGAGGAUAACCUGGAUGACCUGAAGUCUCUUCAGCCUUUUCCUGGUGGUCACCCACUCUCUGUGGGUACUUGCCAGCAGCAUCUCUCUUGCUGGGUGGUCACUGUCUGUAACCCUGGGCUAGUAUAUGUUUUCCAGUAUGUGAGCACAGUCUUACUACUGACCAGUUCUGUGCAUCUCUUGCCAGGUGGUAAGGAUUUUCAUUCUUGGGCUUACAGAGCCAGUUAGAUCAUAACUCUUAUUAAAUAUCACUGAAAUAAGAAGUAGGAAAAGAAGCUUGAACUCUAAGACUGAGGCUGCCCUGCAGAUUUUAGUUUGGCCUUCAGAGUUCAGAAAUGGCAGUGUCUUCACCUGAGUUCUUCACAGAGCAAAUGCCAGGGCAAUAAACCAAAAUAGUCCUAAUGAGCAUAGGCUAGUUGAGCAUCAGCAUCCUGUUCUUUCCUCUGGCUGUUCCCAGCCCUAAGGAGGGGGAGACCUGGGUCUUUCCAUGUCCAAGGGUACGACAUCACCGUGCAGGGCACACGUGCUUGGUUUAAAAAGGUCAUCUUAGAUUUAUCUUAGCAAAUGUAAUAAAUUAUUUUUUAGAUCCUGAAAUUUAUAAUAAAAUACUUUACCUACCCUGGUCACCAAAACCUGAUGUUUUAAAUGCAUUGUUUUGUUUUGUUUUGUUUUUUUUUGGAAAUUUAUGUUUUAAAAUAAAAUCUCCCUAAAGCCA